UUGACGCACAGAUGCUGGGAGGGCGGGGCGGCUGCCCUUGGUUCUCUAUAUAAAAGAGGCGGUGUCGGCGGGAGAAAGCUAAGUCGAGCUCUUUGCCAGAGAGUCCACGCCAAGCCCAGCCUGUUCCUCCUCCUCACAGUUCGCUCGCGAUCACCUGCAGGCCACUUUGCCUCCGUACCCUGCCGCGCUCCUGUUGUCCAGCCGACGUCCUCCUCCGCCUCUUCGCCUUCUUCCCCCCUUUCAAGCCCUCACUUUCUCUCUCUUCCCUUCCCGUCUCCUUUUACCACAAAUGAAACUGGCAGCUAUGAUCAAGAAGAUGUGCCCCAGUGAGUCGGAGCUGAACAUUCCGGCCAAGAACUGCUACCGGAUGGUCAUCCUGGGCUCUUCGAAGGUGGGCAAGACGGCCAUCGUGUCGCGCUUCCUAACGGGUCGUUUCGAGGACGCUUACACGCCCACAAUCGAGGACUUCCACCGCAAGUUCUACUCCAUCCGCGGGGAAGUCUAUCAGCUGGACAUUUUGGACACGUCGGGCAACCACCCCUUCCCAGCUAUGCGGCGCCUCUCCAUCCUCACAGGAGACGUCUUUAUCCUGGUCUUCAGCCUGGAUAACCGAGAUUCCUUCGAGGAGGUGCAGCGCCUUAAACAGCAGAUUCUAGACACAAAGUCUUGCCUGAAGAACAAGACCAAGGAGAACAUUGAAGUGCCCCUGGUCAUCUGUGGCAACAAAGGGGACAGAGAUUUUUACAGAGAGGUGGAGUCCCGGGAGAUAGAAAAGCUGGUGGGAGAUGAUCCUCAGCGCUGUGCCUACUUUGAGAUCUCCGCAAAGAAGAACAGCAGCCUGGACCAGAUGUUCCAGGCCCUUUUCACCAUGGCCAAACUGCCCAGUGAAAUGAGCCCUGACCUUCACCGAAAGGUCUCAAUCCAGUACUGUGACAUAUUGCAUAAGAAGGCUCUGAAGAACAAAAAACUCUUGAAAGAGGGUAGUGGAGGUGGGUCAGGAGAGGCCUAUGGCAUCGUGGCUCCCUUCGCCCGGAGGCCCAGUGUCCACAGUGACCUCAUGUACAUCCGGGAGAAAGCCAUUGGGGGCAGCCAGGCCAAGGACAAAGAGCGCUGUGUCAUCAGCUAGGAGCCACCCACUCUUCUCCUUUUACUAAACUAGUAACUAAAACAAAGAAGAUUUUUUUUGUUUAAGUAAAAAACAAGAUGUUCUGGCUGACCCUUUCCCGGUGGCAUGGGCUCCAGGCUGGCAUCUGACCUCCAAGUCAGCUACCCUGGGGGUACUUACCAUCUGCCCUUCCCCUCCUCCUAUGAUGAGGUCAUGGUGAACUAGUGGUGCUCUUCCUUUGGAGCACCUGAAACUUGGGAGAAGGAAAGAGAUGACUAGAGGGCCGCAUCUAAACCAUGGUGGGGAAGGAGAAAUGCCCAUCAUAGGGGGGUCUUAGGAAAGGACAGAAAUGUGCAUGGGGUGGGGGUAGUGGUCUGGAAGUGUGCAACUUUUUAUGUAUUUUGCCAGAAUACAAAAAAAAGGGAGGUAUUUUCUAAUAUAAGACUCCUGAACUGCCACAAGCAUCUGGCAAGAUCCUCUUCCUUCAGGUACCAAACCUGGGAUGUGAUUGUGGGUUAAAAACCCCAACAAAAUCAAACUGUGUUUACAUGUGUUUUCAGUGGAAAAAAGGGGGAAAAUUGCACUUUAUAGUAGAUAUGUUGUCAUGGACAUGAACAAAAUCUUUUUUAAGUGUUUAUACUGUGUGUGUAUAUGUGGAAAUGUUAUGAUUAUUUUUUUUAAGCAAAAUAAAGUCAUUUAAAAUGGAAAACUUGGUUUGCCUUUUUUUUUUUUUUUUAAAUGGUGGGUGCAGAGGAGUAGAAACAACUGUUUUCCACUGCUGUGGAAUUUAAAUUUCCAGCCAGUGUUAUGACUUUUGCCAGAACUCUGCUAUAAAAUUUUGGCAUUCUGAAAAUAGCAUCAGCAUUUUUAAUAAAAGGAAAACUGCCCUAAGAAAAAGCUGCAGAUAAUCAUUCAAAGGCAAAACUAGUGCUUCAAGAAAUCAAAAGUGCUAUAUAUAACUUCCAUAUGUAAGAAGACCAUAGAGAGUGCUGAAAAAAAAUGGAAGCAUUUCAGUAUCUUCUUAAACUCACUUUCAAAUCAUUAGAAUGUAAGUGUCUUCCAUGCUG